GUUAAUAACUAUAUAUUUAUGCAUAAAUAUCUGAGCAGAGACUUUUAGCAACUGCGAAAACGAAAUAAGCGACGGCCAUCGUGUGAUUGAUGAAUAGAUGACUGUAUAAAUAAAACAAAAUAAUCUACUAAAUCAUAAUAACGGGGAUGAGGUUCACAUGGAAUACAACAAAUAAUGAGAUUAGUUUAAUGAUCAAACGCUGUCUUCUUCAACAGAUACUCAACCAUUUUCUCUACAAAUAGGGCUAAAGAGGUCACAGGGGAACUCACUCCUCUCUCAAACACCUAUUUUCUCAAGAUAAGCAUUAAUUAUCAGAGGUAGAAAGAAUGGCUGAGGCGGCACCAACUGAGGCGUCUAGUUUGGUCGGAAAGCUUGAGACAGAAGUGGAGAUCAAAGCUUCGGCUGGAAAGUUUCAUCACAUGUUUGCAGGCAGACCACAUCAUGUCUCCAAAGCAUCUCCAGGUAACAUUCAAGGUUGUGACCUGCAUGAAGGGGACUGGGGCAAAGUCGGCUCUAUCGUCUACUGGAACUACGUUCAUGACGGGGAGGCCAAGGUGGCAAAGGAGAGGAUCGAGGCAGUGGAGCCGGAGAAGAACUUGAUCACGUUCAGGGUUAUAGAAGGUGAUCUGAUGAAAGAGUACAAAAGCUUCUUGCUCACGAUCCAGGUGACCCCUAAGCAUGGAGGGCCGGGGAGUAUUGUGCACUGGCACCUUGAGUACGAGAAGAUUAGCGAGGAGGUUGCUCAUCCCGAGACUCUCCUCCAGUUCUGUGUUGAAGUCUCCAAAGAGAUCGACGAACAUCUCUUGUCUGAGGAAUAGAGGAGAGUACCCCUCGUGUAAAAAUCCUAUCAGUACUUGUAUGUGCGGUUGAGCAUUUCGAUUUCAGUCUUUGAAAAUUUAAUAAUUAAAAAAGUGUUUAAUAAUUAAUUAUAUAAAUAAAUAUAUAUAUGUAUAUAUAUAUAUGAUGAAUUCUGCUAUUUACUAUGUGUAAAUGUUUCAUGUUUGUCUUUAGUGAAGCUAUAAAUCAUGUGAUAUAUGUUUGGAUCAAUAAGCCUCGUUUUCUGCUUUCAUAGUUUUAUAUAUUCAUUUUUAUCCGGGCAUUUCCAACCUAUUAUUAUUUUCAUCUCUAUAAUAGUAUUUAAAGAUGAAAUUUUUCCAACCCUUUUUU